AUGAGUGUUUUCCAAACUUCUUAUCGCAAAGCGCGUGAUAAACUUCUCACCAAAGCCAAGAAAAGCGGAUCAGACAACGACUGGUUAAACUUCAGACAUGCGAAAAAUAACGUAAAUAACUUAAUUGGGCAAACAAAGCAAGCAUACUUCAAAAGCAAGUUCUCUGAAAACAGGCAAGACUCGCGAAAACUUUGGAAUUUGAUCAAAUUCCUGUCAGGGAGUGACAAUCACGAUUGUGGUCUCCAGCGGCUAGUUGAUAACGAUGGGACUACUUCAAACAAAGUGGAAAUUGCCGAGACACUGAACAGCUUCUUUCUCACCCAGAAAAACAACUUAAAUCCUCAGUCAGAGCUCAAAAAUGACUUGCGCUGUCAACCUAAGCAGGCACCCUCUCCUACGCUAUAUCAAGUGUCUGGAACGUUAAAUCUCCCACAGAUAUCAAAGGAAAGAGUUGUAGACCUUCUCCUUUCUGUUCCACUGCAUAAAGCUACAGGUGACGACGGUUUUAGUGCCAAACUGCUGAGAAUUGCGGCACCAGCCAUCGCUGAUUCCCUCUGUAAGCUAAUCAAUUACUGCAUCGACACUCAGAUAUUCCCAACAAAGUGGAAAGUCGGUAAGGUGACCCCCAUCUACAAGGGACAAGGAAGUCAUGAUGACAAGAAUAACUAUCGACCGAUAACUGUGCUUCCGAUACUUUCUAAGCUAUUUGAGAAGCAUAUUUGUGACCACUUGUACGACUUCCUUGAGGAAAAUGCGUUACGCCAUCACCUCCAGUCCAGAUUCCUCAAAUUCCACUCCACCGAGACCGCCCUCAUUCGACUAAUAGACCAUCUGUUCCUUAACUUAGACAAAAACAGAGCAACGGGGCUCGUAUUUAUUGACUACAGGAAAGCAUUUGACCUCAAAGACCAUGAUCUACUUCUAACGAAACUGAAUGCCUCUAGGAUAUGUGGUCACGAACUAGACUUACUUCGCAACUAUCUGAGUGAACGCAAACAAUACGUAGUCAUUGACGGAUGUCGUUCUCCCCAAGAACUGUGACGGCUGGAGUAUCACAAGAGAGCAUACUGGGCCCUAGUAUGUUUCUCCUGUUCAUCAACGACCUACCCUUACCAGCUUAGCGUUCUACCGUUGACAUCUAUGCGGGUGACACCACUCUCAGUUUCUCAUCCGAAGUAACAGAUGAACUUCUUGGCAUCACAUCAGCCCUUCAACAAGACCUAGAUGACCUUUCGCAGUGGUCGGCUGCCAACACGAUGGUCACAAACGCCGCCAAGACGAAAUGUCUCGUGGUAACUAGGAAACGCCUUAUAAAUAAGAUCGUUGCUAGUUCUUUAAAUCUUCAUCUCGGGAACUCAAAUAUAGAGCAUUGA